AUCGUAUUCAUCGAAUUGUUGUGAACGAAUGUACGACAUUGGUGAGAGGGUAUAAAAUAUAUCUACCCUAGGUCGUCGUAGGAGACUUCUAGAGAGGUCUUAAACGUUAAUUGUAACACUAGAUGAAAACAGUAUACUUUAUGUGAAGUAAGAAUUGACGUUGAUAGUUAAUAUAUAUUUGUAUAUCAAGCAUGGCAGGUCUCUAUGAGGAUGAUGAUGGUGUUACUGGUUUUGAAGUAACAGAAGAUGAUGUUAAACAAAUGCUAGAUCCUCAAGGGUCGAGGUACAAGCAAUCAAAGGCUAAACAUAUCUAUGGUAUUUGGGCUAGAGAUAGUGAUGAAGAGGAAGAGACCAGAACUGGUUUUGGAAUGGGAGGCAUAAAUAAAUCCGAUUUGGUAAAUGAAAUGAACUUUAUUACGGGAAGCAUGAAAAACUCAAACGACAAACAGAAGAGUGAGGAGAGAAAGACGGAGGCCAAGGUGAGGAAUCUGGUGAUGCAAGCAAAUGUCGUAGUCGAACCAAAAUCAAACAAAGGACGCACGAAUGCUGAAGUACGUCACGCAGAGUUGAUGCAGCCCGACAAGCACAUGGGUAACUGGCAGAAACAUACCACAGGAAUUGGUGAAAAGCUAAUGAAAGAAAUGGGAUAUAUCCCAGGAAAGGGAUUGGGCAAGGACAACCAGGGAAUAGUGCGGCCAGUGGAGGCCAAGAAAAGAGCAGGGAAAGGGGCCAUUGGGGCGCAUGGUCCUGAAGGAGUUCGGAUAUCCAGGCAACACAAGGCAGUUGAUGCAGAUGAAGAAGAAGAAAAGGAAUUUAGAAAAGAAUUACAGCAGUGGAAGAUUGGUGCUGUUGAGACAAAGAAGAAACCUUCCUAUGUUUAUAAGACAGCCGAUGAGGUCAUUAAAUCUGGUAAGGUCAAAAGAAAGAAAGUUUCUGCUGGUGGAACUGCUAUCACUGGGGUGAAGGUGAUCGAUAUGACAGGCCCUGAGCAGCGUGUACUUGAUGGAUAUGGUCAAAUUGGUCAGCAGCAUGACAGACCUGAGGACACGUUUGAUUCAUUGGCAAAUGAUGAGCGAGCUUUUGAGAUGCCAGAGUUACAACACAACAUUGAUCUGCUAGUUGAUAUGGCGGAGCAGCAGAUCAUACAGAAUAACAGACAAUUGCAACAUGAACAGGACAUGAUUGUGAACUUGGAACAUGAGAGAAGGAAGAUCAGCGGCGUACUGGAACAGGAGAGACAACAGGUCACCCGUCUCAGAAAGGUCAUGGAAAUGGUUGAAAGGUGUGAAGAAAGCUGUAAACCGGGUUCUGCAAACCCUCUUUCUCUGGCCGAAUGUGAGGUAAUUUUCAAGGAACUACAGGUGAAUUAUGUAAAUGAGUACAGAGCAUUUCAGGUUCCUCAGAUUGCUGUAACAGUCAUAUUUCCUUUGGUACAGAAGAAACUGUCUUUCUGGGACCCAAUACGGAGCAGCGAGUUACACAUUUCUUUGUUUGAAAGCUUGAGGGGAUUUUUGGAUAAUAGGGAAAAUCGUAUGAAGUUGCCAUCUGGACACAUCAUCACCGUCUACGAGAGACUGAUGUGGGAAUUAUGGAUGCCCAUAAUGCGGAGGACAAUCACAAAUUGCAACAUCAAAAAUUGUGACCAAAUUAUUGAUCUCCUCAAAGUCUGGGCUCCAUUGCUUCCAAGCUGGAUCAUCAUUAACAUCCAGGAUCAGCUGAUCUACCCCAAGCUGCAGCGGGAGGUGGAUGAUUGGAAUCCAUUAACAGAUCCAGUACCAAUCCACUCCUGGUUACAUCCCUGGUUGCCUUUCAUGGAACUUAAAUUGGAGCCUCUCUAUGUACCAAUUCGUCAGAAGCUAGCCAGCUGCCUGAUCAACUGGCACCCAAGUGAUGCCUCCGCUAAGACCAUCCUGAUGCCAUGGAAACCGGUCUUUAACAAAGGAUCCAUGGGAACGUUCGUUAUCAGGAAUAUUUUACCGAAGUUGGCAAUCUGCUUGCAGGAGUUUCUGAUUAAUCCCUACCAACAGCGCUUAGAGCCAUUUCAUUGGGUAAUGUCAUGGGAGGAAUUGACACCACUACCGAGCAUGGUGGGCUUACUUGAGAAGAACUUCUUUCCUAAGUGGUUGAAUGUCCUCAAUACUUGGCUGGGUAACAGCCCAAAUUAUGAUGAAGUCACCAAUUGGUACCUAGGUUGGAAAAGAUUGUUCUCUGAAAACCUUCUGGCACAUCCUACCGUUAAAGAAUAUUUCAACCGUGCUCUGGAUUUGAUGAACCGUGCCGUUUCAGGAAAGUUCACCCCAGGUAUUGACAACAUGCAGUAUAGGACGAAUACAGACCAUAAUAGGAAACAGGCUGAAGCAAUUGCAGAGCGUGAAAGAGGUGGUUAUGGUUCAGCGGGUAUUACAGUUCCAACAACAUUUAGAGAUCUGGUAGAGAAAAAGGCACAAGAGCACGGGUUACUUUUUUGUAUUACUCAGAGACGGUUCGAAGGCAAGCAAAUCUACGCUCUUGGGCCACUGAUGACUUAUAUCGAACGUGGAGUGUUAUUUGUCCAGGACCAGGGACGUUGGACUCCUAUGGCAUUACAGAGAGCGAUCGAAAUGGCGGAUAAUAGCAGCUGAUAGAAACAGCACUAACAGCACAUUGAGAAUAACACACCUUCAUGUAGGGCAUUUACGCAUUUGCUUUAACUAUGAAAAUUAUCUUAUCUUGGGCGAGGCACUUCAAAAAAUUUAUGUUUUUGACAUAGUAUGCUUAUUACGACUUACAACAUUAUGAAGCUCGGUAUUGUUCCAAUUCUUAAGGCCAUGUAAUAUUUAUUUUGAUGUAUUUUUAUAUAUAUAGAAAAUAUAGAAAAACAUCACAGCAAGGCUUUUCAUUCCUAAUGCUCUUCAAAGAUUAAUGAUUUAUGUGAUAAUUAAUUUUACAAAAUGUGAUGGAGUUGUUAUUGUACUAACCAUGCAUGUAAGAUUCAUUGUGUUGUGACAAUUCCUGGUAAUAAAUAAAAUGUAACAAGAUACUAAGAAUUAAUGAUGAAUAAAUGAAUACUGAAACUAUAAUUUUUAAUAAUAUUUAAAGCACGCAGGAGCAUGUAGGCAUAUCAGACUAGGUGAGCUUCGAAAGUCUAUUUGCCUUGGUGAGAUGAGCAUCAGCCUUGGUCAACAACUCAUCUAGUUACGAUAUCGAAUAACCCGUUGGUGUUUUGGAAGAUCAUCCAGUCGUGAAACUCUUGCUGCAAACAAAAAUGGAAUGAAUGAAUAACUAUUGAAAAAUAUAUAUGUAUAUAUUGAAUAAACAAUAAAUAAAUAAUGAAUACAUAAUGAAUAAUAAAUGAUUGUGUAUGGCAUUUAUGCAUUAAAUAACACCCAACAUAUAAUUAUCAUCUUGGAAAAACAUGUAACUUGAUAUUCUUUCUAGUAUGUAUUAAUUUUUAGCAUUGUAAGCAUGGUACAGUAUUUUAACUUUUUUUCAAAUCAUGUAUUAUCAGCAGCAGGUAAAGAAGUUUCUCUCAAUACAAAUUACAAAACCAGAACACCUCUCCUUUAUUAAAUACAGGUAAUUUCAUCUGGGAGAGGCUUAAUCAUACAGCAAUUUAAAACCAACUAGUAAGCCCCAAGGACUGUUUCGAUGGCAUAUAUCAGGAAUAUAAACAUGAUGCUGAAUUUUGUGACACCUAAAUAUAAGUCACUAUAAUGCUUGAGGAUGUUGCCCUCAUGUGUAAACUCAUAACAUUGGUAAAGUCCCCAUGCACGGCAGCAAAACUAUUGCUUGAGGCUUGGCAGGUAUUAUGGUUAUGUCACGGUUUUUUUGUAUUAUAACCUACUUUAAUUAUAGUAAAAAUUAAUAAGCUAAUUCGUAGUUUGAAUUGCGCAUGCUCGUAUAAAGGUGAAUCGACAUAAACUAACAUACACACAA